GCUGCAAAUAUUUUUUAGCUUCGAGUUUACGAAAGUGAAAGGGGAAGUGAUUGACUGUUGACUUUGAAUGUCAUAAUUUGUUUUGGUCUGUACUACGGAUAAAAAACGACUACUAGUAUUCCUUCAUGGCCAACCAACCUGAAAGCACUGAUGAAGAUUUUAACGAUUCAUUCAACAUGCCUGCCAUUUUUGAUACUCUACAUGAUGAACUCGUGGGGCCAAGUGACCAAACUGUGAUGAUGGCCAACUCUGGCUACUCUGUAGAAUAUCCAUCCAGGAUGCCGAUGUCUCCAAUGGCGAAUACAGACGUACAACCCCAGAUAGACACUUGCGGAAUAGUGACAGUUCCAGCCCAAAACAUGGGUGGGAUGCCAGGUACCAGUGCCAAUCUUACCCCAGGAGCCACCGGAGCUCAACAACCCCGAUAUUAUGUUGCAGAAACACGUAAACUUAUCCAACAACAACUAGUGCUGUUGCUGCACGCCCACAAAUGUCAGAGGCGUCAGCAGACCGAUGGAGAGGCGUGUUCUCUACCUCACUGCAGAACAAUGAAAAACGUGCUAAAUCACAUGACGACUUGCAAUGCUGGGAAGUCCUGCCAAGUCGCUCAUUGUGCAUCAUCUGGACAGAUAAUAACACAUUGGAAGAACUGCACUAGAAAUGACUGUCUUGUGUGUAUGCCAUUAAAGCAUGCUCAAAACACAGACAGGACUGGACAGAAUCCAGGCAAUUCAAGUGGGUUCACAAAUCCACCUGGUAUGGAUCAGCAGAUAGCAUCUAGCACAAACAGUGGUUUUAAGGAAUGGCAUCAAAGUGUGACGCAGGAACUAAGAACUCACCUUGUACAUAAAUUUAUUCAAGCAAUAUUUCCUAAUCCCGACCCUGCUGCGCAUGCCUAUGCUACGAAUGUGGAAGGACAAAUAUAUGAUACAGUGAACAGCCAGGAGGAGUACUUUUAUACAAUGGCUGUAAAUAUUUAUAACAUUCGUAUUCAACAUGGUACAGGAACAAACCAGGGGCAUAACCGAGACCAAGAGAUUAGCAACUUAGUAGAGAACCUGCUUAAAAGAUGAACUAAACGCUUGUGAUAUUCAGGGACUUAUCUAUCUAUUGGGAACGGCAUCUGCAAUUGCAGUCCGAAUUGAAGAUUCGAGCAUGCGUCUAUUAGAAAUAUUCAUUCAAGAGAAUUGAUAUGGUGUAACGUAACUACUCUCUGAAAGAAUACAAUUUUACAAACAGCACUGACAUGCAUUUGUACUUGCUUUUGAAGUUUUAAAUAAAAUUAAAAAAGUUUAGAGAUGUAUCAGUCGCACAACCGACUUUCGUAUGUAGCAAAAUCAAUCAUAUAAGCAAAUAUUAAACAGCAGUUCUUAACGUUUAUUGUCUCCCGACAAACUUAACACAUAUGUUGUGAAAUUAUCAGAAUAUGAAUUUGGAAGUUAAGGUCUCAAAAUUUGAAGGAGAAAAAUCAGCUUUUUAGCCACAGCCUUUUGUUUCUGCGAUAAAUUUACCCCAUAUAAUAUGUAUACUACAUGGUAAUCUCUACCUCAGAAUACAUUGUUUUGGUUAUAGCACAUCUAAGCCAAAGGCUCGUGUAAGCUUUUAACCUUUUUUUCCUGGCGUAUGUUGUCAUCGUUCUUGUUUUUGUCACCGUUGUUGGGGUCAAUUUUCUUAAAAAUGAAAGUCCGGUACCCUUUUUUGAGGAUGUAUCUAUGAAAGAGAACUUUAACCAAAUAUGAGUCAAAUACAUCAAAUAGGGAGCAAUAUAUGAAAUUGUAUACACCAGAAUAAUAGAAAUACCAACCGAUUUGAAUUAAGGGCUACUUUUCAAACUGCAUGAAAAGGAGACCUAAGCUCUUGUUAAAAAAUUAAUGAAAACGUAUUCGUUUUAGGAUUUUUUCAUCGCUGUAAUCCUUUUUGGAGUGCUUUUUUUUGUCUUAAAGAACCACUAGUGUUUGUAUUUCUUUUCAUCGAUACAGACUUCUGAUCCUUUCAUAUCAUAUCAGAUACUUUAUCAUAAAUGUAACUCAUAUGCCUUGAUAAUUUAGUUAAAUUUUUAAAUUGGAAUAAGUGAGUUCUAUCAAAAUUGAAUAAAAAAAGAAAUUUUAGUGAAAAUUCAUUUAAGGGUGCCGACUAUACUGUUCAUUGCGCAUGUUUUUGUGUUUUCAUGUAAGAUACAGCGUAUUAAACCUUUCAGCAAUUGUUUUGAUAUAAAAUUGAUUUAAGGUGGUCGAUUUUAGCUUUCAUUGUACACCUUUAUAGACAAGAUA